UCCCAGUCACCAUGAAGGCUCUCCUUCCUCUGGGGCUUCUCCUGCUCUCUGUCACUGUCCAGGGCAAGGUCUUUGAACGCUGUGAGUUGGCCAGAACUCUAAAACGCGCCGGAAUGGAUGGCUACAGGGGAAUCAGCCUGGCAAACUGGGUGUGUUUGGCCCGAUGGGAAAGUAGUUACAACACUCGUGCUACCAACUUCAAUCGCGGAGACCAAAGCACGGAUUAUGGAAUAUUUCAGAUCAACAGCCGCUACUGGUGCAAUGAUGGCAAAACCCCCAGAGCAGUUAAUGGCUGUGGCAUAUCCUGUGACGUUUUACUCCGAGAUGACAUCUCUCAAGCCAUACAGUGUGCAAAAAGAGUUGUGAGGGACCCACAGGGCAUCAGAGCAUGGGUGGCGUGGAGAAACCGUUGUCAAGGCCGGGACCUCACCGAGUAUGUCAGGGGUUGUGGGGUGUAACUGCAAAAUGUCCCACUGGCAGCUCCUUCUGUCUCUUUCACCAUAUGGAAGCAGUUAUGUAAAAGGUCACCCUACCUUGGGGUCCCCUACAAAAGAAUGGGCGUUUACAGAAACAGGAACAAAGUGUAGACUUUCUAAGUGGCUUAAAUCUGACUAAUGUUCAGUUUGUUUUAUAUAAAGCCUUCAUUUUUCAGUUAUUAUAGCGAAAUUCAUCUAAAACUUUGCUCAUCAAAUACAUCUCUAGUACAUCAGUUUUUUUUUCCAGUGAACUUAGUCAGAUUCAAUCUUGAUCUUAAUAUCCCAAACAUUAAAUAAAAAUACAACACAUGUUUAGGCAGAACAAAUGAAUCUUAGAUACAAUCCCUGAUGUAUGAGCAUCACAUACUCUAUCUGUAGAGUCAUUUCUGAAACCAGUAAAAUUAAUCCCUAUGUUGGGUAAGGUGAAUUUUAAAGAGAAGAAACCUCCAAAUGGAUGAAAAUACAGAAUUCUUGAACUGAGAAAUUUGAUGUCAUAACAUGUGUGACUUUCUGUUUAGGAAUUUUCUCAGGCUGUUGCAUUAAGGCUGCUUUAAAAUCAGAUUCUCAACUUAUAUGACAACCUGUGUGAACCUUUACAUGCAUCUUGCUGACCAUAGUGCUAUAAAGGAGGCAUGAAUAAGUUGUGUUUUUCUUUAGUUUGUGAACUUAGCUUACUGCAUAUUAACAAAGUCUGGGCCAGAUGAGCUUUUAUUAGUAAAUAACCAUAGAAAUAAUAUGCAUAUUGUGAAAAGACUAUCAAUUACCAAUAAAUGAUUUGCAACGCA